AUGGAACAAGAAACUUGCAUAAUUUCUACGAGGCGCCAAAGUUACAAACGUCCAAAAACCCAGUCUCGUCUGAAAGGAAAAGGCACGGCUUCAACCCCAACAAAUUCGGUUCACCUUUCUAUUGCGAUGAGAAUCCCUCAAGAAAAAAUGGAACAAGAAAAUUGCAUAAUUUCUACGAGGCGUCAAAACUACAAACGUCCAAAAAUCCAGUCUCGCCUGAAAGGAAAAGGCCCAGCGUCGACCCCAAUAAAUUCCGUUUACCUUCCUAUUGCAAUGAGAAUUCCUCAAGAAAUUCUCUGCAACAUUUUCAAUUAUCUUGUGGACCAUCCAGUACACUAUACCCGCGUUGCGAGAGUUUGUAAAUCUUGGCAACUCGCGGCCGACUCGCAUCUCUACUGGCGACACCUGGUCACCAAACUCAAUUUGACUCCACCGAAGCCAAGGGCUCGAAAGUAUAAAACUUACAAACAAGUGGUCGAGCGCGAUUGGAAUUCUUUCUGUAGUUUAUGCUUUCGCGGUCGUCAUAAUGGAUUUGAGAGAUUAAGCAUUCGUCCAGUGACAACGGACUUGUCUAGUAUCGCGGAAAUUUAUAGGGACACAAAGACUAAUUGGUUCCAGAUAUUCGAUGAAGAUGGCUUGGAAUUUCAAGUCUCUUUUAAAACUGAACUAUCAGGAUUAGAAAUUUUCGAAGUUAUUUCAGAUGACCCAACGACAUCGGUAACUUCCAUCAUUGCCAAAACUCGACAAGGCGACGAUCGUAUCGACAGUCCUUUGGUCAUUCCCGAGGAAUCAGGUGUCCUAAGCGAAUUUGGGUUCAACAUCAACUUUGUAGACUCUGUAACAUGCGGAUUUGCCAUACCGGUCUUUCAAAACCCGAAAGAUACUUGCUACUCACCUCGAUGCUCGGCGAUUAUGGGUAUAUUUUUCCAAACAAUAGUCACCUUGAGGGUCCUUGAAGAGGAUCCGCCGGAAGAGUCAGAUGAUGAAGAUGAUGACAUGCGUUUCAUUAGACGUUACAUCCUUCGAUUUGAUCGUUAUGAUGAUUACUAUGACCAUGAUGGUAUCAGCAUUCGUGACUUAGCCACGUACAUCAGUCCGUACCGCAUUGAUGCUGAUAGAGGAAAGAGAUUAGCUCUGAGGGAAUGGGUCGACGAGAGAUUUAAGAAGGGAAUCACCACUUCACCCAGAAACGAUCCGGACACUCAGGAGAGACCACCUAAAACUCUGUGGGCCGAAAUUGACAGUAUCAUAGACGAACGACGACUUUACGUGUCAGCCGACGAUCGUAACGAAGAGUUUGAAGCUGAAUCAAGCAGCAUGGCUCAGCAACGUCAAUUCGACUAA